UCGCCAAUCUCGAUCUGCUUGACCUCCACAACAUUUGAUUGUCCAGGCCCUAUUACUUAUGACCGUCUUCUUGUUGGGUACACUCUUUCCUCAAAGAUGUUGGGACUCUGUUGGUGUGGCAUACCGACUUGCUCAGGGGCUCGGGCUCAACACAGAGGCGAGUUAGUCGACUCGUAUUAUCCAGUCCAGUCCGAUCUGGAGAAUGGGAUACGGAGGAGAAUAUGGCAUGGCUAUGUCAUUUUGGACUUGACUGUCAGCAGGACCUACGGGAGGCCCACCAUGACUGCUCAUCUUGAUGAGCUGGCAUUACCGUCCAUUGCCGAACUUGAUGACGGGGAGCCUGACCGCCAGAAUGGACCUUCAUCGGAUGGUGUGCUAAAAAAGAUGUACUUCUACCUUGAACAUAUCCAACAAUGCCACACCAUAGGAGAGGUUUUUGUUCACCGUCUACCAAUCAUGUUGAGGCCGACCAACUAAGUUACAAGACCCAUCGAGU